AUGACGACCGAGAAAGGAUAUGGAGACUUGGUUGGUAUAAUUAUAGGCAACACUCGGGCUUCACCAUCUCACAGUGGCAUAAUGGGUAGAACGGCUUUGCAUGCUUCUGUAAUCCGUGAGGACCAAGACAAAUCAUCAGAUAAGUCUGUAACUUACCUCGCAAUCAAAGAUAGCAAGAAAACAGCACUUCACUUUGCAGCUAACCGCCACCAUAUAGAGACAGUAAAGCUUCUACUCUCACACUCUGCAGAUUGUUGUGAGCAGGGAAAUAAUUUUCUUCACUUUGCCGCAAUGAGCAAACGGCCUUUUGCUAUUGAUGGUUCGUUCUCGAAUGACAAUAAGUUAAGAGUGGGUUUGUUCCCGAAUGACAAUAAGUUAAAGGUGGGAGGACAUGUAAAUGAGAAGGAUACUAAAGGAGACACAGCCUUCCACCUGAUUUCUUCUUGCCAAUGUUAUAAUCCAGUUUCCUCAAUGGACAAUACAGUGGAUAAAAUGGCACUCGACGACGACAAGUUAACUACCCUAGACAUUCUUUCAAGGGCAAACAUUAAGUUGGGACAAAAGUUCGGGGUUAGCCUCCUAACUUAA